AUGUCAAAGCGAUUUUCGGGAAAUGAAUGGGGUUUUGCAGGGGUCAUGGCCGUACAGGCUCUGGUGAUCCUGGCAUUGGAAAUUUACAUCCUCACACAAUGGCAGAACUGGGUCACACCCAUAGUCCUGCAAGUCACGGUCUCCUACACGGUACCGAUAGACAUUGCUAUCGUCAUCUUCGCCUGCUUUUACACAGGUGUCUUGGCCGUCGAUGCAAUCUACUUUAAGAAUAAUAUCCAACUUCUAGCGAUAUGCAUCAGCAGCUGUCUCAUUCUUGCAUUCGCGGCGAUGCAGUACCGCGAACUGCUAGAGAUUUCCAUCCGCCUGCCUCAACAGUACGACAUGUACUAUGAGCCCCUGGUACACAGGGAGAUGGAUUGGUGGGCCUAUGUCCAACCUGCCGAAUUAGCGGUGAAUCUCAUUUUGGGUAUUUGCAUCUUGCCGACGUGGUUCUUUGCGUAUCAGGUGCAUAAGGAGUAUAAGUGGGCUAUUUAUCGCCGAAUUCAUGGUGAUACGAGUAUCAAGAUCAGAUAUCUUGCGUACGAGGUCUUUCUCGUUUUGACGAAGCUCAAUUUCUUUUUCUCUGUUGGCUUUAUCAUCCAGUAUAACCUUAUCGACGUCCACUUCGAGGAGCCGGAGUAUUCACUGACCAUGGCCUUGAUCCCGGUUGUAUUCUUCGCCAUGAUUCUCAGCAUUUGGUUCGUCCGGAAGGAGUGGAAGUGGGCAAUGAUUGGAAUAAUCAUCUGCUACGUCGCACUCAUCGCCUAUUUCCUGAGUCGAAUUAUCACCCUUUACGGGCACGGACUCCUGGCUCACACAGCGGGUAAAGACAAAAUGCUGCUUUUUUCGAUAACGGCAGUCGUUUUGUCGUUGUUGAGUGUCGUUUGUGCCAUUCAGUGCGUUGUUAACUUUGGCCAUGGGUUGAGGUCGGUCAUUCAGGCCAAAGGUCAUGAGUCUUAUCAAUUUCGCAAUGUCUCGAGUCCGACAUCGAGUGUUAGUUCGCGGUUUGGCGUUGAUUAG